UAGCCUACCAGGCUCCUCUGUCCAUGGGGUUCUCCAGGCAAGAAUACUGGAGUGGGUUGCCAUUUCCCUCUCCAGGGGAUCUUCCCGACCCAGGGAUCAAACCCGGGUCUCCCGCAUUGCGGGCAGACGCUUUACCCUUUGAACCACCAGGGAAGCCCCGUCGGUUUCUUACCUUUGACCUGGGUCGGCCUCCAGCCAGGCCAUAAAGGGGCAUAUCUAAAAAUCUGAGAGGUGGGGCUCCUAGCUCUCCAGUUUAUUUUUUCUUUCAGUUCCCAUGUUAUAUAGUCCCAAGACACAGUGGCCCGGAACUGUGCAGAGACCUUACACAGAGGGAAUUCUUACAACCUCCAUUUUUGUUGGUCCAGGCACAAUGCCCACACUAUUUGAGUCAGUCACAAGAGUUGUGGUUGAAGAGCUAGACAACAGUGGAGAGUUGAUUGCUGUCAGAAGCUUCACGGAUGCUGACAAAUUCCACUGCUUCUAUCUGGUGAAGACGAGGAGACGUUUCUUUGGAUACCAGUAUGACAAGACAAACCUCACCCUGAAAGAAAUCCUGGAGAGUGAAGUACCAUUUGAUAUGGUGGUUCCUGAGUUCCAAGGGGACCUUCCUGAUUCUGGGAUCAAACCUGCAUCUCCUGCAUUGCCAGAGCAUUCUUUGCCACUGAGCCGCCUGGGAAACCCUCAUAGCAAGGCUAUGUACUGUCAAGAUGGUAACUUUGAAAUUCUGGACGUCGAAGACUCAAAGGAAAAUUGGACAGUGAAAUUUUCCCCCAAAAUGACAUUUAAAAUAGCAUUCCACAUUUUCCAUGAGAUGAAUAUCAAGUUUAAAAAGUGCGAGAUACCCUUCAAAUUCCUGGAUUCCCUUAGGAACAAGAAGCUGAAGAAGGAACUGCCUUCUUCAUUCCAAUCAAUCCAGGCGAAGAGAGAAGACCUGUAUCUAGUGACAGAAACUGUGAAGAUAGCAAAGACUGAAACUCUGAAAUGUAAAAAGCAACUUAGUUUUCAGAUCCUGUUGGAACUUUUCUGAUCUCCAAUACGAAAGCAAGAGGAAGUGACCAUCACCCCUGAGAAGGUCCUGGCCUAUCGGGUAAAGCAGCUUGUCUUCCCAGCGCGGAGAAGAUGGGAUAUUUGUUUCUUCGACGAAACCAGAUCCUUUCCAGAAGAGAAAGGUGGCGGUUCACCAUGGUUGGGGGAGUCCUUGAGUUUGGAGAGUUUCCAAAGCAUAACAGAGAGGGUUCAUGAUACGGUGCGAGUCCUCCAGGAUCUGACUCCAGAGGAACAAAAAGAGGUGCUAAACUGCUUCACUAAGUGCCUCCGCAGUGAUGAAGAGCUGCAGGAUCUAGAGCGAAGAGUGUCUGAGGUCCAGUGCUCCGGGGAGCUACAAAUGAACAACGCGGUGAAUUCUCUCAUAAGCAGUCUUUUCAGUGCUGCUGGGGUCUUGAUAGAGGCACGUGCAGAAACCAUUUGGGAUAUCCUGGAUGCCCUGAAGGAGCUGUCUGAGGUCCGGCAGUUUGUUGCUGAGGCCCUAGAUGAGGGGACCUUGCCCCUCAUGAAGGACAAGGUGGAGCCCGUCCUGGAGGAGAACUGGGGUGAGGGGCCCCUAGAUGUGAGCUAUGAUCCUGAGGCAAGGACUGCCUGUGCCCUCUAUGUUGUUGUCUCCAUCCUGUUACAGCUGGGUGAGAAGCCAUCUCUGCGUCUUCCUAAGCAUUCUCCCCACCAGCCUGAGUGCUCCCCUCCGCAGUCCGUCCUCAUCAUCCCUAAUCCCAACCACCAGAAUGAUGUCUUUAAAACAAGCUGCUAUUCUUUGAUACAUCCCAUUCACUAUGACAAUGUCCAAAAAUCAGUUAGAUUGUAGGCAUGAACUUCUGAUUAAAAAUGGCAGACUGAUCAUAUUAAUUACCUCUCUCUCUCUUCAGAUUUCACUAAAUGACAAUAAAGUGAUGGAAAUGAUAGAAACCCACAAGGAAUAAAGAGAAUUAGGCAGCUGAUAAGGGAUUUCAACACAUCUUUGGAAGCAGUUAAAGGAGUGGUAAGCUAGGAGCCUCGUGACUGAGAGGUGUGCAGGAGUAUAGGAUGAGCCUGCUGGUUUUCAUCAUAAAUCUUUUAGUUCUAGUUAAUAUUUUUCAAGACAAUAAUUAAAAGAAAUAUGUACUUGCUGUAAAGCAUUUCAGAUAUUUCUCAAAGUCAAAGGUAAAGGUACCCCGUGAUCUCCUUUCUCCCUUUAAUAUAACCACUAUGUACAUUUUAGGGUAUGUGAACAUUUUUUUCUAUUGGGCAGUUUUAAAAAUGGUAACUUAAACAUGAAACUAGGAUGAGAUAGCAUACAUCUGGUUUGUAUCUAUCUUUUGAACUAUUUAUUUUUACAUUUACAUUUUAAAAAUAUUAUAUGCAACAGGAACUCUUCUAAGUGCUCUUGAAGUGUAGCUUGGUCCACUAAUUUGGAAAACUUUAACAAUAUCUACUAAAGCUAAACAUAUGCCUAUGACUCAACAACUCCACUUCCUUGGCAUAUACCCAAGAGAAAUGAGUGCCCGUGUUCACCAAAAUACUUGCAUGUAUAAAAACAUCAAAAUAAGAGCACUAAGCUGAAAACUAUUCAAAUGCCCAGUACCAUUAGGAUGGAUCCAUAUAUUGUGCUAUACUCAUGCGACAGAAGAGAACAAAUUACUGCUACACGUAACAACAGGGAUGGCUCUCACAGACAGAAUGCUGAGCAAAUGAAGUCAGCACAAAAGUGCAUAUUUGCGUUUGGGUCCUCUGAGAAGUAGGUGCCAAAAUGGGAGCAGAUAUGCAAGAGACUUAUUAGGGGAAAAGCUCAUGAAGAAUAAAGGGAGAGGGAACAGGAAUAGGUAUGGCAAAACUUCAAAUCACAUGAUCGAAAACCUGUGAAAGGAGAGGAGGAGGGAGAAACUGAGAGGAACAGUCUCAGAUGACAGCACAGUCUGAGGGGCUCUGCCAAGCCAGCCAGAGCAAAAGCCAUCUGCCAGAGGGCUCCCCAUCAGGCAGGAGGGCCAGGCUCUGGGACCCGAUGCUCAGCCUUCAGCAGAGAGCUGCUCAGGAGAGGCUCAGGAGGAGAGCUAUGGCAGGGUGGGUUAGAGGUCCUUCGUCAAGCUGCUUCCUACAGCAGGUUCUCCUAAAGAAUAUCUGGGUGGUGCCCUCCAUGAGACUAUAUGAUUCCACUUAUGUGAUGCUCAAGAACAGUGAAAACAAAGCAAUGUUGGUAGAAGUCAAAAUAGUGAUUAUCUUAGUGGGGACAUUAUUGACUGGGAAGAGGCAUUAGGGAGUCUUCUGGAAUGCUGGAAAUACAUCAGGAUUUACUGAGCUAACAUUUAAGAUCAGUAUAUUUUAAUGGAAGUGUAUUAUACAUCAAUAAGAAAGGCUUGAAAAAGUACAUAUUAUAUAGCUCCAUGUAAAUGAGGUGAAAGACAAGCAAAACUACACCAUAGUGGAAGAAGUCACCACAGUGGUGAUCUGGGGGGGUGCAGUAUGUCUGGGAAGGGGCAGUACUGAGAGAAUCUUCUGGAGCACUGGACAUAUCUUAUAUCUUGAUCCAGAUAGUGGUUACAUGGAUGUGUAACCACGUUUACAUGUGUAAAUGUUUAUUAAGCUAAACACAAGAUCUGCACACUUUACUGUGAAUUUUUAUCUCAAUAAAAACUUUAAAAAUGUAAUGAGAACACACGAGAACAGAUUUGAGCAAUACAGAGGAAUAUAAACAAAUUAAGUAAAAGUUUCCUCUCAAAUCCCUUAACCCUAUUACCUAGUCCUACUUCCUUGUGAUAGCCAUAUUAACAAUUUUAGUGUUUAUUACAGCUAAAAAUGAUAUUCUUGUAUUUAUUCUUGAUUUAUUAAUUGUGAAAGAAAGUGAAAGUGUUAGUUGCUCAGUUGUGUCCGACUCUUUGAGACCCCAUGGACUGUAGUCCACUAGGCUCCUCUGUCCAUGGAAUUCUCCAGGUAAGAAAACUGGAAUGAGUUGCCAUUCCCUUCUCCAAGAGACCUUCCUGACCCAGGGAUCAAACCCACGUCUCCUGCAUUGCAGGCAGAUUGUUUAUCAUCUGAGCCAUGGGUAGUAUCUAUUGAUUACCCAGGAUUAAGGAUGAAUGUGAAAAAACAGACACUGAACAGGAAUUUCAAAGUAGGAAAGUGUCAUAAAAAAAUACAGGGUACCAUGAGAGUGUUUAAUAAAAGGUAGCAGGGUGGUCCCAUCUUACUGCUGACAGUCCUUUCCCCUUUUCCUUAAAUGCUGAUUCUAGCCAUGCCAAACUAUUGGUCUUCUAUUUAAACAUGACAUGCACUUUUACAAUGCUCUGCUUUUUUAAUACAGGUUGCAUUCUUCCUCUGCCUGGAUUACCUUCCCCUACCUUAUCCACCUCUUAAGCUAAAGCUCAAAUAUCUCUUCUUCAGUAGUUAUCCCAGUUUCCCAAAGAAUUUGGUUACUUCUUCCUCUGAUCGACCCAGAGCAUGUUGAAUACAUUUCUGUUAAGGCCUCAUUAUACCGUACCAAAAUUAUUAACACAUAUGUCUGUUACACUGAUGUGAAAGCUUCUGGAGAAAAGGGUUUACUUUAAGUUUUACUUUUCUUUAAUAUAGUAUAUAUUCUAUAAUUUUUAAGGUAACCAUCAAAAGACUAGGGAACAGAUGAAUGGAGGCACAAAAGCAGAGUGAUAAAAAGAUUAUCAACAAAAAGAACACAUGAAACAAGAGAAAAUGAAACCUUAAACAGGUGAAACAAAAAACCCAGAAGAAAAUGGUGGAAUGAAAUCCAAAUGUAUUAGAAAUUACAUGUAUGGGGCUCAAUGAUGCAGCGACAAUGUAAUAUUGUCAGAAUGGAUAAAUUUAUCUAUUUACAGUUUAUAAGACAUCUAAAUAACAUAUAGAUAUAAAAUAUUGAAAAUAAAGUGAUGGAAAAACAUUAGCUUUGUAAAUACUAGCCAAGAAGAAACUGGUAUAGUUACAUUCAGUUCAGUUCAGUUCAGUCGCUCAGUCGUGUCCGAUUCUUUGCGACUCCAUGAAUUGCAGCACACCAGGCCUCACUGUCCAUCACCAACUCCCGGAGUUGACUCAAACUCAUGCCCAUCGAGUUGGUGAUGCCAUCCAGCCAUCUCAUCCUCUGUCGUCCCCUCCUCCUCCUGCCCCCAAUCCCUCCCAGCAUCAGGGUCUUUUCCAAUGAGUCAACUCUUCGCAUGAGGUGGCCAAAGUACUGGAGUUUCAGCUUCAACAUCAGUCCUUCCGAUAAACACCCACGACUGAUCUCCUUUAGGAUGGACUGGUUGGAUCUCCUUGCAGUCCAAGGGAUUCUCAAAAGUCUUCUCCAACACCACAGUUCAAAAGCAUCAAUUUUUUGGCGCUCAGCUUUCACACAGUCCAACUCUCACAUCCAUACAUGACCACUGGAAAAACCAUAGCCUUGACUAGAUGGACCUUUGUUGGCAAAGUAAUGUCUCUGCUUUUUAAUAUGCUGUCUAGGUUGGUCAUAACUUUCCUUCCAAGGAGUAAGCGUCUUUUAAUUUCAUGGCUGCAAUCACCAUCUGCAGUGAUUUUGGAGCCCCAAAAAAUAAAGUCUGACACUGUUUCCACUGUCUCCCCAUCUAUUUCCCAUGAGGUGAUAGUUACAUUAAUAUUAGGCAAAAUAAACUUGAGGCAUUAAGCCUUAUUAGUGGCAAAGAAGGCCACUUCAAAAUGAUAAAAAUUUUAAUUUACCAAGAAGAUAUAACAAUUUUGAAUUGCUAUGUACAUCAUAAUAUAAUCUCAAAAUAUAGAAAGCAAACAUUGACAGACAACAAAAUAGUCAAGUACAAAACUACAGUGAAGAUUUUAACACACUCCUCUUAGUAAUUUAUAGAAUAAGCAGCUAAAGUGUCAGUAAUACAGAUACUUUGAACAACAUAAUUAACAAACUUGAUCUAAUGGACAUAUUUAGAAAGCUAUACCCAACAAUAACUGAAGAAUAAAACUUUUAGCAAUAAAAAUAUACAUAUCAAACUUGUAAAGUGACUUCCCUGGUGGCCCAGGGGUUGAGAGUUCUCCUGCAAGGGCAAGGGACAUCAACUGGAUCCCCAGUCCAGGAACUAAGAUCCUACAUGCCUUGGGGCGACUAAGCCUGUGCACCACAACUAUUAAGCUGGUGCUCCAGAGCCCUCAAACCGCAACCACUGAGCUUGCGGGCCACAACUGUUUCAGUCCAUGUGCCUGACAGCCUGUGCCCUGCAACAAGAGAAGUCACCACAGUGAGAAGCCCACGCACCACUAGAGAAAGCCCAAGCGCAGCAAUAAAGACCCAGGGCAGCUAAAAAAAAAACAAGUUUUAACUUGUAAAAUUACCUAAAGCUGAUAUUUUAGAGAACAGAAUAUGUAUGUAUAACCUUAAUUGUUUAUGUGAAAGAAGAAACACUUAAAAGAAAAAAUCAAAGAGUAUGUAUGUCAAGGAACUAAAAAAAAAUAUUAGCAAAAUAAAUCCAAAUAAAUGGAAGGAAAGAAAACAAAGGGCACAGCAAAUAUAAAGUAGUAAAUAAAUAAUAAAGAGGUUCAAUAAAGACAGAUAUUGGAUCCUUGAAAUCAGUAAUAAAAUAAACCUCUGAGAAGAGUGACAAAAAGAAAAAGGGAGAAAGAACACCUACAAUCAAUUUCAAAAACAAAAAGGAGACAGUACUAUAGAUGCUGUGUGUGUGAGUCGCUCAAUCAUGUCUGACUCUUUGUGACCCCAUGGACUGUGAUCCCUGUCCAACAGGCUCCUCUGUCCAUGGAAUUCUCCAGGCAAGAAUACUGGAGUGAGUUGCUAUUCCCUUCUCCAGGGGAUCUUCCCAACCCAGGGAUCGAACCUGGGUCUCCUGCAUUGCAGCAGAUUCUUUACCAUCUGAGCCACCAGGGAAGCCCCCUAUAGAUGCUACAGGCAUUAAACAGAUAAAAGGAUAUUAGAACAACAUUAUGCCAAUAAAUUUAAGAUUUUAUGUUAAAUAAGAACUAUCCUAGAAAAAUAUAACUGCUAAAACUAACCCAAGAAGAAAUAGGAAAUACGAAAAAUCCUAUAACUACAAAGGACAUUAUAUCAACAGUAAAAUAUCUUCCCACAAAAAAUUUUAAGUCCAGACGGUUUCUCCAGUAAAUUCAAUGAAGCAUUCAAGAAUAAUUCCAACAUACACACCCUUCCAGAGAAUUAAAAAAGAGGCAACACUUUCCAAAUCAUUUACAAUGCUAGCAAAAUCUAACAAGAACAAGAGAAAGAAAAAUGCAGGCCAGUCUCACACAUAAACUUGGAUGCAAAAAUAGAAAAUGAAUAGCAAACCAAAUCAAGAAAUAAAAAAAAGAAGACUACAUUAAGUUAGGUUUAUCUAGGACUUCAAGGUUAGCUUAACAGUAAGAAAUCAAUUUAUGUAAUCAUCACAUUAAAAGCUUAAGAAGAAAGAUGACAUGACCACCUCAAUAGAUACAUAAAAAGCACUUGAUAAAAUUCAAUUUUCAUUCUUGAUAAAAAUUCCUAAAAUGGACCUAGAGAUUAUCAAAGUGAAGUAAGUCAGACAAAGACAAAUAUCAUACACUAUCACUUAUAUGUGGAUUCUAAAAAAUGAUACAAAUGAAGUAAAUUACAAAACAGAAAUACACUCACACACAUAGGAAGUAAAUUUAUGGUUACCAAAGGAGGAAGGAGUAGGGGAGGAUAAAUUAGGAGUUUGGGAUUAGGAGUAGAUACAUACUACUACAUAUAAAACAUAAACAACAAGGACCUACUAUAUAGCACAGGGAACUAUAUUCAAUAUUUUGUA